CACGUGACUCUAUUUAAGGCUCCCUUAUUUGGGAAGAGCGCAUAGGAUAAAGAAAGAGAUAUCUCCACCUAUAAAUUGUGCACUUUGGAGAACAAAAAACCCCUCAACUUCAAAGAGUCACAAAUCACCCUUAAUCAAAAAGGGUGCAGAAAUUUUUUUUGGGCCCUCCCCGCCAUGAGCUCCUACGUAGCCAAUUCAUUCUAUAAGCAGAGCCCCAAUAUCCCUGCCUAUAACAUGCAAACUUGUGGGAACUAUGGAUCGGCCUCAGAGGUGCAGGCAUCCAGGUACUGCUACGGUGGAUUGGACUUAAGCAUCACUUUCCCACCGCCUGCGCCUUCCAACUCUCUCCACGGGGUAGACAUGGCUGCCAACCCCCGGGCUCACCCCGACCGCCCCGCCUGCAGCGCCGCGGCCGCUCCGGGACACGCUCUGGGCAGAGAUGAAGCGGCUCCUCUGAACCCCGGGAUGUACAGUCAGAAGGCGGCUCGCCCAGCGCUGGAGGAGCGAGCUAAGAGCAGUGGGGAGAUCAAAGAGGAGCAGGCGCAGACAGGGCAGCCCGCCGGACUGAGCCAGCCACCGGCCCCGCCACAGAUUUACCCGUGGAUGACCAAACUGCACAUGAGCCACGAGACGGACGGCAAGCGGUCCCGAACCAGUUACACGCGCUACCAGACUCUGGAACUGGAAAAAGAAUUCCACUUUAACCGCUACCUCACUCGCCGCAGGCGCAUAGAGAUCGCCAACAACUUGUGUCUCAACGAGAGACAGAUCAAGAUCUGGUUCCAGAACCGCAGGAUGAAGUGGAAGAAGGAUUCCAAAAUGAAAAGCAAAGAGGCUCUUUAGAGGCAGCGGGGAGGCCCGCAGAUAGCACCCCGAGCCCGCUUUGGUCCCCGCGCCUUUCCUUUUCGGUUUUCCUCUCUAUAUUUUGGGAGCAAGGACGGGGGCGGCAGCACCAGCUCCGGGGCCUCACAGACAAAAGCUCUUUUCCUUGGCAUUCCGCAUCCCCACCGACCCCAGUUUCCCGAGGGGCUAUCCGCGCUGCCCAGACUCCCUCCAGUUCUGCUCAGCACCGGGGAAGGGUGGCGGGCAGGGCAAGCUCCGCGGGGGAUCCCCAAAGGGCUGCGGGAGCCGAGCUGGUGCUGAACGAACCCGGGCCUGGGCCUCCUCUUGGGCUUUCAGUCCCAACGCGGCCCUCCGGUUUAAGGUGGGCCCAGCAAGUGUUCCAGGACCCGCGGCCCGACCCUCCGGCCUCCCCUGUCCUUUGUUCCCGUAUUAGGCUGGCCAGGCGGCUGAGGGCUGGCGAGAGUGGUUGUGCUUGCCGGAGUCUGGCCCCAGACUCGGGGUGCUUCGUUGUAGCGACUAAGCUCCAUGUUUGGCUUUUAAAUGAUUUGCAUAUGAAAGGGGGAGAUGACUGGAGGUCUGCCUAGGGCCCCCUCAGUGGCCCUACGCUCUCCAAACCUUCUCACCCAUCCCUGAGCCCGGUAACCUCUCCAGCCUGCGCCCCCGCCCCCACCCGCAUGCCCUCUCAGGUCCCUCUGCCUCAGACCACUAGCUAGCUCAACUAUGGGGGUUCCCUGCCACUGGACCCCAGCAAGCAGUCCUAGGUUUCUUGGCUGCCCACGAGUCCCUGCCACAACUCUCUGUGCCCUCCUGCCCCAUCGCUGUUGUCCAACUAUUUAUUGACUCCAGGUCUUUCCUGAAACUAUAUUUUGUCAUAUCAAAUAAAGACAAAGAGAGAACAGGACUAAAGAUGCAGCAAUGCCUCUCUGUUUGGGGCAUGUAUUGGGUAAAAGUAUCUAAAUGGGCUAUAGAGUACAGCGGAGGCCCACAGCUUCUCUGCCUCUUUUGAAAAAAGAAUUUUUAGGAGCUCCGAGAGGGAUUGAGAAGAGGGUGGUGAAACUGAGCUCCUUCCCAGAUCCCUGGUUCCCAGAAGGGCCUUUGGGGAAAGGGGAGGGCACUUAGGUGGUGUGUACUGGCGUUUUCCAUGCUGUGGCUUGUCCAAGGCUUUCAGGCCUCUGUACCCCACUCCCACUUUGGCUGGGUGAAUCUGAGGCCUUUAGACAAGCAAGCAGACCACUGCCUCCCAGAGCUAAUCUGCAGGGCCCGGAGGCUCCAUGGUGCUCAGACUCUUGGGUCCUUUUGGGCCUCUGAAGAUCUCUCCCAGGCCUAGGUGACCCAUUUGGUCCCAAGAAGGAUUCUCAGAAAGAGUUGGUACUGCUUGGCGAAGGGGUCUGAGGCGAGUUAAAGGAACUGUGUGUUAGCUUUUUAAGGUACCGGGGGAGAUGGGAGCCUACAGUGAACCUGCCUGGCUGGCAACGUUCAAACCAGUUUCUCCCACUUCUAGGGCCUAAGGCUAUGCAGGACAAUUAGCUGGAAAAGGAGCUGUGUAGACUGGUGCCUCAGUCCCGUCUGUUUGCCAUCAUUUGUCUCAGUCUCUGGGAUUUUGUGUGGAGGGGGAGUGGACUAAAGGGAAGGGGAAAAGGCAGAUAAUUCAGGUGGUGCCGAGGCCGGCUGUGGCCCAUACUCUGCUCUGCUCCGGGCCUCUGGAAUGGGAUGGGGGAGGAAGUACUUUAUAGGAGAAACAAAUGUGGGAAGGGUCCAUAAAACUUUACUGCAUUUCCUCUCCUGCCUCCCACAAUGGGGGUGAUUUCCUGGAGCCAAGCCUAGGCCCCCCACACUGGGGGAGGGUGCGGUUCAGGAGCUGGGCUAGAAGGCUGCUCUUACAGCCAAGAGGGAAAGGGAGCAGAGAGACUCUGGGGAGGGGCAAGGGGAAUAUUUAUGAUUAUUAAUGCUGAUGCUCCUUGAAUUUAUUAUAAGGACUGACUUCUCUGCAUCCCACUGCCUAAGCUAUCCAUCUGUCAUUUUUUUUUUUUUUUAAACCCAGGAAUCUUUCCUCACCCCGUGCCUAACACGUAGGAGGUCUCAACAAAUGUUUAUUGAUCUGUGCCCAUUGCUGUGCCCUUCCUUUUGCACUCAGGCCAAGUUAGGGCACCCGUUCGGUCUCUCCCUGACUAGCACACAAGAGUCUGCCCAGCCUAGCACCACCUCGGCUCUGCUCUCAA